GCGCCCUUCGGCGGGUCGCCAAGCAGCAGGCCGCGGGCGGCGGGCUCGCGCGGCGGCAGCCCCGCGGACGAGGUGCGCGCUGUCACGGCCGAGCUGGAGGCCGAGCGGGCCGGCCGCUCGUCCGAGGGCGCCCUGGCGGUGCGGGGGGAGCUGGGCCGCGAGGGGGCGGCGCUGGAGCUGCUCGAGCAGCUCGAGCGGCAGCGUCGCGCGCACGCGCUCGAGCUCGGCGCCGAGCGCCUGGAAAGGGAGCGGCAGGUCGGCGCGCUCGAGGAGGCCCUGGAGUCGGAGCGCCUCGAGCGGUGGGAGUCCUCCCGCGACCUGGAGCGGUCUCGGGACUCCGAGCGCGAGGCCCGGUGCAGGGACCAGUUCCUGGCCGAGCUCGCCGUGGAGCUCAUCUCC